AUGAAACCUGUAAAUGACUUUCAUGUAGCAAUGCACAUCUCAGUUUACAAAGCACAAAUUGUGCGUGAUCUAGGAGAAAACCACCAGAACUGCAGGCAGUUGAUGAAAUCAGCCUGUGCUGACAGUACCAUUUUUUACGUGCAUUUACUGUGCCAUGAGCAGUCAGUGCUGGGACACCACGCCUGGGCAAUGUGUGGGCAAACUCGAGGGCAUUUCUGCCCCUGGGGAAGGUGUACGGGCGACUGUGGACCCGGAGGAGUGCAGAGUCGGGCCCUGUGGUGUUUCCACUUGGAAGGGUGGACGAGUCACCGGUCUAACUGCGACGAGAACGCCAGGCCUCCCAAGGAAAGAAGCUGCUUCCGGGUGUGUGACUGGCACAGCGACCUCUUCCAGUGGGAGGUCUCCGGCUGGCGCCAGUGCGUGCUCGUUCCCGCCAGCCCCGGCCGAGCGCCGCCUCGCCCCGCAGAGUGUGUGACGGCGCAGCAUGGGCUGCAGCGCCGGAGCGUGCGCUGUGUUCAGAAGUUGAACAGAACCGGGGUUGUAAAUGCAGUCUGUGAACACUUUGCCCCUCAGCCCCCCGCAGAGCAAGCUUGCCUCGUGCCCUGCCCCCGGGAUUGUGUCGUAUCUGAGUUCUCACAGUGGUCCGAGUGCGGCAAGCGCUGUGAGAAGCAACUGCAGCACAGGACCCGGGCGGCCGUCGCUCCCCCUCUCUAUGGCGGGUCUCAGUGUCCCAAUCUGACGGAGUCGAGAGCCUGUGACGCUCCCAUUUCCUGUCCUCUUGGCGAAGAGGAAUAUAUUUUUAGCCUUAAAGCAGGACCAUGGAGUAAAUGUAGCCUGCCUCAUCUUAAAGAAAUUAACCUAAGCGGAAGAACUGUUCGGGAUUUCAGCUCCGAUUCAAAGGAGCGAGUCACCUUUCGACGUCAAAGUUACAAGCCACAUCACCUCUCCAGGCCCUGGGACUUAGAGAUAGGUUAUCAAACCCGGCAGGUCUGGUGCACCAGAAGUGACGGAAAAAAUGCUAUGUUAAGCCUUUGCAUGCAAGACUCCUUCCCUUUGACUAUCCAGUCCUGCAUCAUGCCAAAAGACUGUGAAACCACUGAAUGGUCCUCCUGGAGCCCCUGCUCCAAGACGUGUCGUUCAGGAAGUCUCUCACCUGGAUUUAGGAGCCGGAGCCGGAAUGUGAAGCACAUUGCUCUUGGGGGUGGAAAGGAAUGCCCUGAACUUCUCGAGAAAGAGGCCUGCAUUGUUGAAGAACUCUUGCAGCCAUGCCCCAGGUAUUCCUGGAGGACCUCUGAAUGGAAAGAAUGUCAAGUCUCUCUUCUCCUCGAGCAGCAGGACCCCCACUGGCAUGUGACGGGACCCGUUUGUGGAGGUGGGAUCCAGACCCGGGACGUAUACUGUGCCCAGAGCACCCCAGCGUCCACCGCACAGAAGGCCAAGGAAGUCUCUAGACCUGUGAAAAAGACAUUAUGUUUGGGACCUGCCCCGUCAGCCUCUCAGCUCUGCAAUAUCCCUUGCUCUACAGACUGUAUAGUAUCUUCCUGGUCAGCCUGGGGCCUGUGCAUCCAUGAAAACUGCCGUGAUCCUCAGGGGAGAAAAGGGUUUAGACUGAGACGGCGCCAUGUUCUCAUGGAAUCCACAGGGCCGGCAGGCCACUGCCCUCAUUUGGUGGAGUCUGUUCCUUGUGAGGAUCCAGUGUGUUACCGAUGGCUGGCGUCUGAAGGGAUCUGUAUCCCUGAUCAUGGAAAAUGUGGCCUGGGGCAUCGCAUCCUGAAGGCCAUCUGCCAGAAUGACCGAGGAGAAGAUGUAUCAGGGAGUCUCUGCCCAGCAUCCCCGCCUCCUGAAAGGAUGCCUUGUGAAAUUCCCUGCCGAAUGGAUUGUGUGCUGAGUGAGUGGACAGAGUGGUCGUCCUGUUCCCAGUCUUGUUCAAAUAAAAAUUCAGAUGGGAAACAGACCAGGUCAAGGACUAUCUUGGCAUUGGCUGGAGAAGGUGGAAAACUGUGUCCCCCUAGUCAGGCCCUCCAAGAAUAUCGUUCAUGCAAUGACCAUUCCUGUAUGCAGCUCUACUGGGACACAUUGCCCUGGGGCCCCUGUUCUGAAGACACAUUGGUAACUGCCCUUAAUGCAACCAUUGGCUGGACUGGAGAAGCUACCUGUGGUGUGGGCAUUCAGACACGGAGGGUCUUCUGUGUCAAGAGUCAUGUGGGACAAGUGAUGACCAAAAGAUGUCCAGAUUCGACUCGGCCCGAAACAGUGCGUCCUUGCCUUCUCCCGUGCAAAAAAGACUGCAUUGUGACAGCUUUCAGUGAGUGGACACCCUGCCCGAAGUCCUGCCAACCAGUCUCAUACCCUAGCCUUGGUCCAGUGGAUCUUACCAUUGCCACAGUAAGAAAAGGCAACUCCAAGGAAAGGAAGGAUGCAUAG